AGCCCUCAAAUAAGGCUUCGCUAAGACCUACCAGCUCACCCCUUGCAGGUAUUCCCCUUGGGUCUGUGGGUUGUGGGCAGCUGCACCAGCGGUCCUCCGUCUCCUUUCCCCUCUUCCCUGCAUAUUUACCUUUUCUCGCUUUGGCUACUGACUGCCCACUGACUGUGGGUGUGCGUGGCUGUUGCAGGUGGGGGGGAGGGGCGUGGGGGUCAACACCGACGCCCCCCGCGCCCCUCCCCUUGUGGCGGUGCAGGGGUGGGGGAGCAAGGGAAGGGAGCACUGCAGCGGGCAGCAAAGGGAGAGCAUGGGUGGAGGGUCCAGCACACAAGCUCACUCGGUGGCACUUAGAAGAAGCAGCAGCAGCAGCAGAAGCAGACGCAGCAGCAGCAGCAGCAGCAGCGGAAGCAGACGCAGCAGCAGAAGCAGCAGUAGGGGGGGCUUGGUAGCUAGAGGGCUGGCUAGUGUGAGAGAGGUACAAGGUAAGGUAAGGUAUGGCAUGGCAUGGCAUGACACGUGGUUGGUCAUGCUUCACAUCUCUCACUCCAUCUGCUCCCUCCCGCCGCCAGGUGUGCUUCUGCACUCAUGGGCUUGGCUGCUCACAGCCCAGGACAGGAGGACAGGAGGUGUCCCCCCACUCACCACCCCUUCUCCCUCCUCCUUCCUUCACCAGGUGUGUGCUCCAUUGGUGGGGAGGCAAAGGCAUGGCUGCUCACAGCAGGAGAGAAGGUGUCCCCCCCACUCACCACCCCCUCUCCCUCUCCUCCCCUCCCAGCGCCAGGUGUGCUCCUGCAAGCCCAAGGCAUGGGCACUCACAGCACAAGGAGAGGAGUCCCCCCACUCAA